GUAGUUCCACCUCUGUACUUUUUAUGACUCCAUCUCUCAGACUCAGCUACCUAUUUAAGUUAUAUUUCUCAUAUCGAUGCAUCUAAUAGAAAGACAGCAGUUUAUGGCUGAGUGUCCUGGAAUGGUGUAAAUAUAUUCAGUAUUUGUAGUUACCUGGACACAUAAAAACAACAUAUUACAGAUGGAAAAAGAAGAUACGUUCUAAUAACACAGUUGGAAUAUUUCUACCAAUACUAAAGAAAACAUGAAUGUAACCAGCAUGAAUGACACCCAGGAUGAACCCUCUAGUAGCUAUUCGGAAUAUUCGUACAUACAUUUCACCAUAGUGGCUGUUGUAGCACUAUGUCUUUGUAUCGUUGGCCUAGUUGGAAAUGUUAUUGUGUUUUGGUACCUGUGCUUCAAGAUCCAGAGAAACAAAUACGAAGUUUAUAUUAUGAAUCUGUCGGUAGCUGACGCCCUGUUUAUUGUAUUUACUACCUUGCUUUUGAUGAUCCAGAUAAAUACAAUCAUUGGGACAGAUCCUGAUUUUUCAGGGAAGGAGAGUUUAUAUUUAUUCAUAGAAAUAUUUUAUUAUACUAUGCAGUAUUCCGGAAUGUAUAUCCUUACAGCUGUCAGCAUGGAACGAUGUAGCUCUGUUCUGUUCCCCUUUUGGUACCGAAGCCAUCGCCCCAGGAACUUGUCCACCAUUAUGUGCAUUGCUCUUUGGAUCCUUGGCUCUUUGGAAAGUCUGCUUAAGAACCUUGCGUGUACAGAAGAUGCUUUCUUGGAACAAACCUCACAAUGUUUAGCAGUUCAAAUCAUAGUUUUUAUUUUAGCCAUUGGCAUCUGCCUACCAAUUAUGGUAAUUUCCAGCUUCACCUUGCUCAUCAAAGUAAAGAGGUCAAUAAAGCAGCGAUACACACCUAAACUGUACAUCAUCAUCCUUAUUGCAGUUCUUGUAUUCAUCCUAUCAGUUCUUCCAUUUACGUUUUUGUCAAUUUUAUUAUACUUCAAAUUAACACCAACAGAUUUGUCAACUGUUAUUAUUUUCUUUGUAACAACUUACUGCACAGUGCUUAACUGCACCGCCAAUCCCUACAUUUACUUUAUUGUUGGAAGGAAAUGGAAACAAAAGACCCCUCACUCGAUCCAGGAAGCCCUCCAAAGAGCCUUUAGGGAGGAAGAUGAUGAGAAUGAUGACUCAAACAGCAACAAAACAAUUAACACAUCAAGCUAAACUAACCUUACAGUUGCCUUCUAGAUUUUCUUUAACCAGUUAAGGACCGCCACACGACUAAAUACGUCGGGAGAAUGGCACGGCUGGGCAUAUGGAUGUACAGGUACGUCUCCUUUAAGAAGCCCAGCCGGCGGCUCACUCGUGACCCUGUCCUGUGCUCCGUGACUGCGGGACCUGUGGACCCGAUUGCCGCCGGUGUCCCAUGAUCGGGUCACAGA